AUGCAUCUCCUUUUCAGUGUUCGGACGAAUUCAUGUUAAGAUAUUGUACGGUAUUCUGGAGGUUUGAAAAUAUAUCGUGAUUAUACACACAUGGUAUCUACACAUCUAUAUACGAAAAAGUUUCUUUAAGUACUUGAAUAUAAUGGCGACGGCGCAUGAUAAAUUUAUUGGCCUUACAUUGGCAGUGUUGGCUUCUGUGGCUAUUGGAUCGAGUUAUGUAAUCACAAAAAGGAGUCUUAUACAAUCAUCAGACCGUCUAGGAUACGACGGUGACGGAUUCAAAUAUAUCCGGAAUCCGCUCUGGUGGUGCGGAACUAUUACUCUCGUUAUUGGGGAAUUAAUGAAUACCGCGGCCUAUGCGUUUGCGCCUGCUGUUUUGGUUACACCUUUGGGGGCAUUGAGUGUAUUGAUUGGAGCUGUUCUGGGUGCAUACUUUCUCGGAGAAGAACUCAACACCGUCGGCCGCGUAGGCUGCGCAAACUGUCUUUUAGGCUCCAUCCUGCUCGUUCUACAUGCCCCGGCUGAUCGAGAAAUCCAUACAAUCGACGAAGUAUUAAACUUGGCUACUCAACCUCUAUUCCUAACAUACCUCCUCUUCGUCAUAAUCUACACCCUCUACACAAUCAACCGCAUCGCUCCCAAAAGCGGCCGCACAAACCCCGUCGUGUACAUGAGUAUCUGCUCCCUCGUGGGCUCCGUAUCUGUCAUGAGCGUAAAAGCAUUUGGGAUCGCAGUCAAACUCACUUUUGAGGGGAACAAUCAAUUCACGCAUGCGUCGACGUAUGUGUUUUUGGUGGUUCUGGUGGUUACGACGUUGACUCAAACGCAUUAUUUGAAUAAGGCUAUGAGUUGUUUCUCAGCUUAUUUGGUGAAUGCAAUGUACUACGUCGGCUUUGCGACAUGUACCAUCUCAGCAUCCAUGAUUCUAUACCAGGGACUAAACACCCACGACCCCAUGGAAAUCAUUUCUCUGAUUUGUGGAUUUUUGUUGGAGUUUGUGAGCGUUGCGUUACUUACGAUAUCCCGAAGUGAUGAUGCGACGGCUCGGAGAAAGAAGUCUAGAGUUUCGGCGGAUUAUGAGCGUGUUAAUAAUAGUAAUACGUUUGCGGUUGGGGAUGAUGAGGAUGAUGUUGAGUUGAGAUCGGUUUGAACGUGUCAUAGAAGAUGAUUAAGGUUGUAUAUAGGUAUAUUAUCAAAAGCAUAGGUCGCGUAGGGAGGUAUAAUAGAAGGAUAUUCAUAGAUAUAAAGAAUAAUCAUUUGAUAUGUGUUACAAUUUCAUGUUCGAAACGCCCUAUUUUACGCCUUUACCAUACAAAACAGAGCUCCCGGCAAAAACACGAAAACUAUGUGAGCAAUCAAUAGAAUACACUCGGAAUAACGAGAACGUGAAUGUUCUAGGACUCUCCUGCCUUGUUCUCAAUCGUCAUUUCUGUAGCUGUCUUUGUAUCUUCUAUUGGCGGAUGCUGCAUGGUUGGUAUGUCUGUGGAUUCAGGUUCGUUCUCGGUCUUGACUUCGGUAUCAGGAGCUCCAACAACUGGUGAUUGUUCAGUCUUUAUGUGGUACGUCUCAGUAGGUCGCGCAGGCUCUUUGACCAGAGUGUUCAUCUGGUUAGGCUGUAUUUCAGGAGUAAUUGACGCUCUCCCAGAUCCUUCAACCGUUUCAGAUGGAACGGGCACAUCUGAUGGCACAG